UACACAAGUUUGUGACAUUUCAGUUUAUUGUGCCGCGUUAAAGGGGUGAGAAACGGGGUGAAAGAGGCAUCUCUCUCUCUCUCUCUUCCUCCUCGUUCACGGGAAAGAGAAAUAUUCUCCGCACCGACGAGGACGACAAGUGAGUUCCCGAGAGUCGGACGACACCAUCAGGAACGUCGUACUCCGACCGUCCCUCCUUCGUGGCGAACGUUAAAUCGGCGUGGGUCGAUCGAGAGCCGGGGAGAGUAGGGGGAGGAAGAGGCGAUAUUUAGCCGGCGGAGGGAAUAGCAGAGAGUGAGAGAGAGAGAGAGAGCGCUUCCUCCUCGAGGCCGAUUAACAGUUGGCCCGAGGGACGCGAGAACGAUCGGAGUCGGUUUCUUCGAAGCUCGCAAGCCUCGGCCGAGGCGCAAUAAAUAUCGACCACCGGGAGUGGAGGCUUAGCGAUGCGAAAAGUGGACCAUUCGAUCGGGCCACGUCAUAUCUCCUAGCGCUCCGUCGUUCGCGAGCGAAAAACGAAAAAAGGCGCGAGAUGUAUCGCGAUCGCGACAUGUGCAUCACGGAGGGGGUGGCUCGUGCUCGGCUACUCGUCCGCGUUAUUAGGCUCUCGUCGUGUUUCCGCUCUCUGCGCGGCAGCCCGCCAGAGGAUUCGCUAUAGUAGACCCCUCUUCUCGCGGGAUUAGACGAGGAGUGAGAGAGAGAGAGAGAGUGUGUGCAGUGCGGAUGAUUUCGGGUGUAUAUUUGUCGAUGUCGAAGAAUGCUAAACGCGGCUGUCAUCUUCUAUCUUUCUCUCCCGAAGAGCCCGAGAGGAGAUCCUAUGUCAGGGUGCGUCUAUCGUAGGGUCGGUAAAAAUUAAUACAAUGAUGCAUUCGUGGCAAUGCCAACGCAGUGAUAGUGUGAGGUGAUAUACGCAGAUAUAGUGCUCAUGCGACCCUUACAUUUUUCGGAUGUUCUACCGCACAUGUUAAGUGGGCGUGCGGGGGUGACUGGAGUGAUGGGAUGGGGCCAGAGCCCCAUGGAGUUCGGGUAGACCCGUCUCCGGCCCAGCUCCCCAGCCCCCUCCGCCAUCGAUAUCGACACCGCUCCUGCCAGCGACGCAGAGGGCCGCCUCGAUCGCGAUGGAGGCCUCUAGCAAUCAACAACAGAAAGAGAAGGAGCCACGCAUUCACAGGCCUUACGCCUUCGACAAGAUGGAGGGGCUGGUGCGGGAGAUGCAAGACCCUGAGAGCGGGGUACCCGUGCGCAGCCAAAAACAAUUUCUCACCUCGAUCCCUUCAGCGUUCAUGGGUGAGUGCCAUCGGUACCUGCGUUGUGGAGUAAGCGUAAGCGGCCAUCACGGCCAGGACACUACAGUAGGCUGCCUGCGUGUUGCAGGUUACGACCUCAUCGAGUGGCUGAUGGAGCGGCUUGCCAUCGAAGAAUCAGUAGAGGCGGUCCAUAUUGCUAAUCAACUAUGCCAGUAUGGCUACUUCUUCCCAGUGAAUGACUCCAAGACACUCACUGUAAAGGACGAUAGCUCUCUAUAUAGAUUUCAGACACCCUAUUAUUGGCCGUGGCAACACAGAACCCCUGACAAUGUCGAGCACGCGAUCUAUCUGGUUAAACGAACUCUGAAGAACAAACAACGUCACGCUCUCGAGGACUAUGAGAUCGUAGAAUUCAACCGCCUGCGCACGAACUUGCAGAACAAAUGGGAUAUAAUACAACUACAAGCAGAAGAGCAGGCUCAGGUACGCCUGUCCAAGGAGCGCAAAAAAGGGGACAAGAUAGUGAGCGACUCGCAGGAACGAGCAUUUUGGAGGGUUUAUCGGCCGCCACCCGGUUGUCUCAGUAGCCUGGAAGUCGUGCCUGUACCUACUCGUUUUCGUCCCGGAUUUCCACGACCACCGUCACGGAAACGCACCCUUACCGAUUUGCAACGUGAGGUGGACCUUUUACGGAACAGUUUGACACGCACGAGGAUAAAGGUUUCGACUGCGAUCGAAAAUUUGAAAUCAUACUUCAACACGUACGUGGAAUACGACCCGAUGUUCGUACAGCCGCAACCUUCCAAUCCAUGGAUCACCGACGAUCAUACGUUUUGGCAACUGAAUAGUUCUUUAGUGGACGUUCCUACGGAGAAACGUGUUAAACGAUGGGCGCUGUCGAUGGAAGAACUUAUGUCUGAUCCUACAGGUUUACAAGAAUUCACAAGUUAUUUAAGAAAGGAGUACAGUCACGAGAAUAUAAGGUUUUGGCAGGCAGUUAAAGAUCUCAGGCACAGUUUUCAAGCACAAAUACCUGACAAGAUCAACGAAAUUUUUAGAGAAUUCUUGGCGCCUGGAGCUCCCUGCGAAAUCAACAUAGAUGGGAAAACGAUGGAGAAGGUUCAUCAAGAGAUGAAAAAUCCGAGCAGAUUUACGUUUGAUUCCGCCGCGGAGCAUGUAUAUACGUUACUCCUGAAGAAGGACUGCUAUCCUAGAUUUAUUCGCUCCGAUCAAUAUCGUAAUCUCUUAGCCGCUGGAGUGCAACCUUUACAAAAGAAGAGAUUUUUCGUCUUUGGCGGCCAAGCCAAGAAGAAAGUUUCCUCCACUUCGACACCGACGUCUAGCACUUUGCAGCACGCUAAUAUAAGUAGCAGCGGGGGCGGGGGAGGGGGCGGCAACGUUGGCGGAAGCAGCGGUAGACGAAGAGGAAGCGACCGGAGUCUAUCCGGAAGUGCUCACGAGCUCACCGUGUGCGGGGUCCGCGACGUAUCCUCCGCGCCGCGAGUGCCGCACUCACACAGCCAAUCGAACCUCACCGACAUCCCAUACAGGGGAGAUCUACCACGACUCAUAAAGAUACCUUCGAGGCCUAGUCCACGUAGUAUUCAGGAUGCUGGCGCGACGGAAGUAGCGGUUCGCCCUAUGGACGACGUAUGCCCGUGGGAAUCCGCGCCGGGUCCGAGCUCCGAGCACGGUGCAGCGGACGCCGCUGCCUCUGGCGGGACAGCAUCAGCUGAUCAGGCCCGACACGUGUGGGACAGCGGCGGUCAUAUGACAGCUCACGCCGCCGAGGCAGCGCGCGCCUCUCGCAAAAAUUCGGCGCAGCUAGACUCCUGCAGCUCGUCGUCGGACGUCAGCCUCGCCAUCGCGGAGGUCUCCGAACGGCUGCGCAAGUCGUGUAGCUUGCAACAUAGCGGUAGCAUAGGUACAGCGACUUCAGGCCCCGGCCCGAUAACGCGAAAUUAUUCUACCUGCUCGGCAAGCGGCCGUAUCAGGUUAUCAGAGAUGAGUCGCGCGUCCGUGUCAUCCUGCAAUUAUCCGUCGCCCCAGCAAUCAUUCGAGUACUCCCACGUGGUCGUCGAGAGGGUGGAAGAGAGAUUGUCCCUGGAAAAAAUCGUGCCCGAGGAGGAGUCUCCCGUGGAAUCCGUCGUCGUUAAAGAGAGCCAGCCGAGUCCCAAGACGAGCGCGAAGGCGCCUCUGAUCAGCAUCAGCGCGAUCGUGGGCGAUCUGCCGAGCGACAACUCCACGAUGGAGAACGUCGACGAAGACGCGAGCGAGAGUUGCACGGCGAGGGAUGUCGAGGAGCUCGUGACCGAGGAAAGAACGAGGGCCGAGGUCGACUCGCGGGCCGACACCGGAGCGGAUGUGUCGCCGGUGGCCGAGGAGGAACCGGCGACGACCGAGGAGCCGCCGGACGAGGCGCAGGUCGUCCCUGUCUGGGAACCGGACGCCCGACAGGAGGACCGACCGGCGACGGCGCAGGCGGCGCCUCGGGAGCGUGACAAUAAUGUUAACGAAGUAUGCCCGUGGGAGGACGAGGAAAACUGUAGAGUGGAUGCGCCCUAUGUAAAAACCUAUGCGACUUUAGGUUACCUGUAAUAUUUUUGUGUCGUGUUGAUAUUUAAAGAAAAAGUAUCUUUGCAUUUUACAUUUACAACAGACUCACACAAAUUCGAUUUCGAUUUUCACUUUGAUCCACUUUAUCGAGCUCGCGUGUUCAGACCGUUUCGUUACACGCGGCCAAGUUUCAAUUAUCACACCGCGUUAAUUGAACGACAAGCAUUUCUUUUUGUUGGAACAAAGCUUGCGAAAGUAAUGAAGGAUUAACUAAUCAAAUUGGAUAAGUGACGGUGUUUUGCAAGGGGAAGGAUCGCGAGCAAUUUGCUCGAUAGAAUCGAGAUAUUUCAACGCGAAAAUAUAUAAACGUCGUAAAACGAUACAUCGGCAUCUAGUCGCUAUGAAUAUUUACACCUAUGGCCUAACGAUCCGAUUUGCUUCGGAGAGUCAGAAAGGAUUCAUAAAACGUAUGAAUCCAUUUAAAUCUCUUUCGUCUUUUCCGACUUCUAUUAAACCACUACUAUAUUUACCAUUUCCUACGCAAACCAUAUAUUAGGGGAAUGCGUAAAAUGAUUUGUGAAAACGUUGAAGAGACGGGCGCCGUUGUUUUAAAGAGACAGUAGAGAUUGUUAGUCUCUAACGUUGUUUGUAGAUUACCGUAGUUUUAAACCGUAGAUCGGAAAAACCUGAUAGAAGAGAGAUGUGCCGCGUGAGACACAAGUAUAGAUAGAUACGUAGAUAGAUCGUGUCACUCUGUGUUGAGUAAACGUUCAAAAUGGCAGUCGCCAGACAGGGAUAAUUCACGAAUAAAUUAAUAAUGCGCGCGGAUUGGGAACUCGUUAUAUAUUCUCCUUUCGAUCCAGUAUCUCGCGUAAACGCGCGCUCGUAGGGUGCCAGCCAAAUUUGAGCCCUUUGGCCGCUCUCCAUGGUCGUGCUUUUUCCGGAUACUCGCUUCUUCGCGAAUCAUUCGCGAAACGUUACGUUUCGAUAUGUCCCGAUAUGCGUUACAGAGUAUUAAAAAACCACACGAUUCAACCCACCCCAAAUUCACCGGACUUUGAUGAAGAAUUUCGUAACGAAGAGAUGUCGCGAUUUUUUUCAUAAAUAUAUUCUCCAGAAAAAUAUAUAUUCUAUUAAUAUUGCAUCCCAAUGUGUGGCGCGUAACGAUAAUUUAAGUGCAUCGAUGUACACGUUUUCGUCUUACUUACAAUUAGAGUAAUCGCCUAGAGUUUAGCGUGUCUUACAUUGUGUCUUACGAGCGUUCGAUAUUAACUAUUGACAAAUUUAUCGUGACCUGAUAUAUCGUAAGUGUCUAAAUAACAGAUAUUUCGUGUUAUAUAUAUAUAUAUAUAUAUAUAUAUAUAUAUAUACACACACGCCGCUUUGUCGCAAUCGCGUCGAACUGAUUACAAUCGAUAAUAAUCGACAGCGAUCGCGGUGACCUUACGGCGUUUUCACUCGUUGAUCCUCGUUUGAGCGAAUCGCGCUCGCGAAUUAUUUGACAGAAAAAUAAGUAAAAAAAUAAAAAUAUAUCCGUGCGAAUUUUCAGAUUAGAGUGUGUUAAAUUCUUGGAAUGUCCGUUUCGCUGGAUCGAAUCUCUGGUCCUGUUACUGCCCCAGGAACUUUGAUUCGACGCUACAAACCGAAAGAGAGAGGCUAUUUAAAAAAAAA